UGCAAAGUGAUAGCAUAGCAUAACACUCUAUUCUUCAUAUCAUCAUCACUUAUUAAUUCAUAAUUCAUGGGAUCCAUGAACAAUUACCCUCUGGUUUGUGCAGCACUUGAAUGUGAAACUAUGGAAGAAAUGGCGUCUUCCAUGGUUAAGGCCAAAGCAGAAGGUGCCAACAUUGUUGAGCUAUGCAUUCAUGCUUUGUCUUUCAUUCACAUUUCUCAACUUCACAGCCUCAUCAACUUCAGAACACUCCCUGCAAUUGUGUCUCUCAGAGACCAAUCACCAUCAAGUAUGAUAAACAAAACUAAAAGCAAAGCUACAUUGUUGGAAGUACUAAGAGUGGCAAUGGAAUUGGAGGUGGAGUUUAUUGAACUGGAUUAUGAGUUGGCUUCUGAUAUAUGCAUAUUCCAAUACAAAAUUCAGAACCCCAAGAGUAAAUUUAUUGUAUCGAGGUAUAUCAAUGGAGGGAAAGCUCCAUCAGCUGAGACAUUAGGAGAUCUAAUUGCAGAUAUGCAAUUUACAGGAGCUGAUGUUAUCAAACUCAAAAUUGAUGUUAAUUACAUCACUGAUUUAGUGCCCAUUUUUCGGAUGCUCACACAUUGCCAGGUUCCCCUAAUUGCCAUUGCAGUGGGAAGUAGAGGCCUUAUAUGCCAAUUAUUGGGACCAAAAUUCGGAGGAUUUUUGGUAUAUGGUUCUUUGGAGGGAAAACCAAUAGCAGGCUUGCCAACUCUUGUUAGCCUUAAAAAUGUGUAUAAAUUGGAGCAUCUGAAUGCCGAUACCAAAGUUUUUGGGCUUGUAUCAAACCCAGUGGGCCAUAGCAAAGGGCCCAUUUUGCACAACCCUACUUUUAGACAUGCAGGUUACAAUGGAAUUUAUGUGCCAAUGUUGGUUGACGAUGUUAAAGAGUUCUUCAAGACUUAUACAAGCACUGACUUUGCAGGUUUCAGUGUUGGAAUCCCUCAUAAAGAGGCAGCAAUCAAUUGUUGUGAUGAAGUUCAUCCACUUGCUAAGUCCAUUGGAGCUGUAAAUACUAUAAUAAGAAGGCCUAUUGAUGGAAAGCUAAUUGGUUACAAUACAGAUUGCGAGGCUUGUAUCACAGCAAUAGAGGAUGCAAUGAGAGGUAGAAAAUAUGUGAAUGGCAAAGACCCAGAAUCCUCUCCACUUGCAGAAAAAAUAUUUGUGCUGGUCGGAGCAGGAGGUGCAGGUAGGGCACUUGCCUAUGGUGCAAAAAGUAGAGGAGCACGAGUCGUCAUUUUCAAUCGUAAUUUUGAGAGAGCAAAAGCACUUGCACAUGCAGUCUCAGGAGAAGCUCUACCAUAUGAAGACUUAGAUAGAUUCUCCCCACAAAAUAAUAUGAUCCUUGCAAAUGCAUCUUCUGUGGGAAUGGAACCUAAGUCCAAUGAAACUCCUAUAGCCAAGGGUGCAUUGAAAGCAUAUGAGGUUGUGUUUGAUGCUGUUUACACACCAAGAAAUACAAGGCUCUUGCAAGAGGCUGCUGAGUCUGGAGCCAUUGUGGUCAGUGGUGUUGAAAUGUUCAUAAGACAGGCUCUUGGCCAAUUCCGACUUUUCACCGAUGGAUUAGCUCCAGAGGCAUUCAUGCGCAAGCUUAUUCUGGAACAAUUUUGAUUUCUUAUUAACGUCAUAUUUCGUCCAUAAGAUGAAUUUGUUACUUGUUCUCUUGUUAAUAACAAAACAAGAAACAUAUUACGAAGAAAUGUAAUAAUAUCAAUGCAGAG